AGAGCUGCCACACUCGCCUCGAAACCUACAGGCCAGCCUGAACGCCGACGACAGCCGCAGCGUGGAUCUGUCCUGGAUGAGACCCUUCGAUGGAAACAGCCCCCUAUUGCAUUAUGUGGUGGAGCUCUCAGAGAACAAUUCUCCCUGGAGAGUGUAUUUGUCAGAUGUGGACCCCACCGUGACUGGAGCCAUGGUGAAGGGCCUCACUCCGGCCCGCUCGUACCAGUUCAGGGUUUGCGCAGUCAAUCAGGUGGGCAAGGGGCAGUACAGCACCGAAACCAACAGAUUGAUGCUGAGAGAAGAACCGCCCAGUGCUCCGCCCAAGAACAUCGUAGCCAGCGGCAGAACCAACCAGUCCAUUAUGGUGCAGUGGCAGCCGCCUCCAGAGCCUCAGCUCAAUGGAGUCUUGAGAGGCUACGUCCUCAGGUACCGGCUGGCCGGGCUCCCUGGAGAGUACCAGCAGAAGAACAUCACCAGCCCUGAGAUCAACUACUGCCUGAUCACAGAGCUCAUCAUCUGGACCCAGUAUGAGAUUCAGGUGGCCGCGUACACCGGGGCAGGCCUGGGCGUCUUCAGUCAGCCUGUCACUGAGUACACGCUGCAGGGAGUUCCUACAGCGCCCCCUCAGGGUGUGGAGGUCAAGGCAGUGAACUCAACCAUAAUUGAAUUUACCUGGAAUCCACCACCUCAACAGUUCAUCAAUGGCAUUAAUCAAGGUUACAAGCUGAUGGCGUGGCCUGAACGAUCUCCAGAGGAUGUUAUCACCGUGACCAUUACCCCUGAUUAUCAUGGGACACGUCACCUCGGUUACAUCAGUGGUCUAAAAAAGUUCACCUGGUACAUGACCUCAGUGCUGUGUUUCACCACACCUGGGAAUGGGCCCCGCAGUGUCCCCAGACUGGUGCAGACUCAUGAGGACAUUCCAGGCCCUGUUGGUCGCUUGAGCUUUACAGAGAUUUUGGACACAUCUCUGAGAGUGAGCUGGGAGGAACCUGUGGACAAGAACGGCAUCAUUUCUGGUUACCUGGUGUCCUGGGAAGUUCAGGGGAAGAACCAAUCACGAGUGGCGAGUACUUUGACCAACACCACAUUAGACUAUAAAGUCACCGGCCUGACGUCCCUCACUACGUACACGCUAGAAGUGGCAGCUAUGACGGAGGCGGGCGUAGGAACUGUAACUUCCUCCACCAUUUCAUCUGGAGUGCCACCAGAACUUCCCGGGCCUCCGUCAAAUUUGGUUAUUUCCAAGAUCAGUUCACGAUCUGCUACGCUGAAGUUCCGUGCAGGGGAUGAUGGGAAGACAACCAUCUCCAAGUGGAUCGUUGAGGGCCAGGUGGGCAGUAUCGGUGAAGAGGAAGAGUGGAAGGUUUUGUACGUGAAAGAGAAUGACCCUGAAGCUCAGGUGCUGGAGGUGCCCAAUCUCACACCGUUCACACACUACAGGUUCCGAAUGUGUCAGGUGAAUAUUGUGGGCCCGAGUCCGGUGAGCAUGCCGUCCCGUGUAAUUCAGACCCUGCAGGCUCCUCCAGACAUGGCGCCUAGCAGCGUGACGGUGCGCACGGCCAGUGAGACCAGCCUCUGGCUACGAUGGGUGCCACUACCAGAGACCGAGUACAAUGGGAACCCGGAGAGCGUGGGCUACAGGGUCAGAGUGUUGCGAGCGGACCUGCGGGGCGAAGCCAGCACACGCUCUGUGAAUGACAGGCUGGAGAGGGAGAUCACCCUGGAGGGGCUGGAGGAGUGGACCGAAUACCAGCUGCAGAUCCAGGCUUUUAAUUCCAUAGGCUCCGGACCCUGGAGUGAGCCUGUGAAGGGACGCACACGCGAGUCAGUGCCGUCGGGGGCUCCGGAAAACGUGACGGUGGAGGCCAUGAGCUCCAGUCGCAUCCUGGUAACCUGGGGCCCAGUUCCUGAGCACGAGCAGAACGGCAACAUCCUGGGAUACAAGGUUAUGUACAAAGAGAAAGACUCAGGUUCAGAGGCACAGGUCAACGUGGUUAAAGGCAAUCUGACGCAGUCUGUCUUACUGAGGAACCUGCGUAAAUAUGUCCAGUACCAAAUCCAAGUUUUGGCUUUCACACGAAUCGGAGAUGGGCAGCUCAGCAGCCCCCCAGUCCUGGAGAUGACCAAGGAUGAUGUUCCCGGACCACCGAUGAGACUUGUGUUCCCGGAGGUGCGUCUGACAGAAGUGAGGGUGGUCUGGCAGCCUCCUGUGGACCCCAAUGGCAUAAUUAUGGGAUACCAGGUAGCUUACCGUCUGGAUUCUGGGGAUCCCAACCAAUUCAUCACAGUAGAGGUGGGCCCUGAUUCCCGUCAGUUCACCGCCUCUAGCCUGACCCCGGAGUCGGCCUACAUCUUUCGCAUCUCUGCCAAGACGGAGCAGGGCUGGGGAACACCUGCACAAGCUGUGGUUAUAACUACUGAGAUCAGAGAGCUGCCGCAGCCUCCACGGCAGCUGCGUGUGCCCCAGGAACAUGUGCAAUCGCGCCAACUACAUCUCAACUGGGUGCCCGGAGGGGACGGCUCCUCUCCCGUCCGUUACUUCACCCUGCAGACACAAGAGCUACCCAACGGAGACUGGCACACCCAUUCCUCCACUAUAAGCCACAAUUCUACCUCCUGGGAAGUAAACAGGCUGAAACCCUUCACUUCAUACAAGCUCAGAAUGAUGGCGACUAAUGACGUCGGAGACAGCAAGUACAGCCAAGAGACAGAUGCAAUUACCACUUUACAAGAUGUUCCCGAUGAAGCGCCCACAAUUCAAGCCGUGAGACCCUCCACGACAACGUCUGUGCUUGUGAAGUGGCAGGCGCCCAAGGAGGAGAGUGUGAAUGGAGUUCUGGUGGGCUAUCGGCUCUACUACCGCGAGCUUCAGUAUGACAGCGCAACGCAAGAGUCAAAGCGGUCCAUCAACAGCUCCUUGCUGCACACCGAACUGACAGCCAAAAGCACUGUGAAGACUGUCAGCAAUCCUUCAUUAACCGAAUUCGAGCUAACGCAGCUGCAGAAAUACAGGCGCUAUGAAAUUGUGAUGACUGCCUACAACGUCAUUGGCGAAAGCCCUCCAAGUGCUCCGGUAGAGGUGUUUGUUGGAGAAGCAGCCCCCUCCGUGGCCCCUCAGAGCAUCCAGAUCAACACUUUGUCAUCCACACAGCUGGAGUUGCAGUGGGAGCCACCCCCUGCCGAGACCCAAAAUGGCAUUAUUCAGGGAUAUAAGAUUCUUUACUGGGAGAUGGACAAUCAGAAUGAGACAGAGAAAGUUAAGAUUCUCUUCCGACCUGAAACCAACAUGAGACUGAAGAACCUGACCAGCUACACAUACUAUAUGGUCAAGCUGUCUGCCUUCAAUGCUGCUGGAGACGGUCCGUUCAGUGAGCCCAGGAGGGGGCGCACUCUUCAGGCAGCCCCCAGCGCUCCCAGCUUCAUCAGUUUCUCUGAGGUGACCAGCAGCACUCUGAACGUGUCCUGGGGUUUCCCGCUGACCCCCAACGGUGUGGUGGAUGGCUACAGGGUGGUAUAUGAGCCCACUGCCCCUAUUCAAGGUGUGACUAAGGUGGUAACGGUGGAUAUCCGUGGCAGCUGGCAGCGCUGGCUGAAGGUGCGUGACCUGACCAAGGGCGUGACCUAUUGCUUCCGCGUGCAGGCCAAAACUAUUGCCUACGGGCCUGAGGCAGAGGCCAGCAUCACAGCGGGUCCUGUCAGAGGGUCUCCUGGAUCUCCUGUAGAAAUGUCAAUCACAAAGACAGGAUCCAUGCUCAACAUCCAUUGGACACCAGGAGAGACAGGAGCAGGUCAUGUGACCGGUUAUGUGAUUGAAGCACGCCCAUCAGAUGAAGGGAUGUGGGAUACAUUUGUGCGGCACUUGCCCCCCACCAGCACCUCUCACUCAGUGAGUCUAGACCGCCUGCGGCAGGGUGUCAGCUACCAGUUCAGAGUGCUGGCCGUCAAUGAGUUCGGCUACGGCGAACCGAGUGCUCCCUCUGCUGCCAUGUCAGCUCAACUAGACACCCCGUUUUAUGAGGAGUGGUGGUUUCUCGUCGUGUUGGCGUUGUGUUGUCUGAUUCUGCUGUUGCUGGUGGUUUUUGGCCUCGUCUUGCACGGACAGAACAGAAAGUACAAGAGCUGCGGAACAGGUAAAGCGGUGUCUACGGUGGAGGAGACGGUCACGCUGGACAAUGGAGGCUUCACAGCUCUAGAGCUCAACAGCAGGCCCGUUCAUGUCAAGAGGGUCUUCUUGAGGAAGAAUGGCACCAGUAGGUCCCCUCCCCGGCCCAAUCCAGCUGGACUGCGCUAUUCAGACGAAGACAUCUGUAGCAACUACAACGGCGUGGUUUCAACAGAGAGCACCGCGCUGACAGAGAGACCUGCAGAGAUGUCCGAGUCCGAGGCCACAGACAGCGAGUGCGAAGAGGAGCCCAUCAAACACUCGUUCGUGAAUCACUACAUGAGCGACCCCUCAUAUUUCAACUCGUGGAAGCGGCAGCAGGAGGGGCUGAAGCAGACGCUGGCCUGUUCGUACGAUGAAUGUGCCAGUGGGGACACCGAGUCCUACUAUCAGACAGUGGUCACGCAGCACAGCGUUGGUGGGGUCUACACCCCCGCCGGCCAGCCCGCGCCAGGCUCACGGACUCCCGUCACAGGCUUCUCCUCGUUCGUGUGACAUACAAGAGGACCCAGACACCUCUUUGCGGCUCGGACAACAUAGUUGCAGAGGAAAUAGUCUGGUUUCGCACAGUACUAUCCCCACGAGCACGACAAGAGACAUCACAUGUGACCGCUGGAUCCUGAAUGUACUCGAUUAGAGAAGGGGAGAAAAAAUGAUUUUUAUACGUCAAUACCGAAGUACAUGUCCCUCCUGCAGGACAAAACAGAAAUCGAGACGUUCCUGCUCUAAAGAGCGGCAUAUAUUCACACUGAAGAAGGAAAAAGCUAGAUGAAACACAUGCUGUAAUUACUGUAUACUCUUGUCUGAAUAAUUUCAUUUCACUGUCAUUGUCGCUAUAUAUACGAGUUGCACUCGAGAUCGUCAAGGUCAUGAAAUGUAAAUCUUCUCUAAUGGAUUUGAUUCACGUUUAUGUGGCCUGGAUAAUAAAGCACGGUUGUUUUCAGUGUAUUCUCUAUAGACUCACCAGCAAGAAAACCUAUGGAGGCUGUCAGAAGAAGCCAGACAGCUCUGGCUCCCUGCCUCUGUGAAAUCGGACAGUGAGACAGUGCCAGAUGUGUUGUGAUUUGUGCCAUUGCUCCUUCUCACACAUAUCAACUAUCAAGUUCAUAGUUUUUUGUUUGUUUUUUGUUUUGUUUUUUGCGCUGUUACUCUUCUUGUUUUGUUCCUGUCUGUCUGGCCUCGCUUGGGAACUGCAAACACUCACUUGAAAUUAUUUAAUGAACGAUUGUAUGAAUUGUAUGUGAGGAGAUCGGUAUGCGGUUGCUUUGCACAUACUGUAUGUUCUGCACUUUUGAGCCAUAAAAAUUUCAGUUUCCUCCUUUGAUCGAAUAUUAGCUUUUUGACAGGCUUGUUUAAAAGUGUAGUUUUACAGUGCAAUUUUACAAUUAAUUUGUCUGAAUUUUGUUCACCGUAAUGUUUCUUCAGAAGUGACGUACAGUAGAUCCGUUGUACUUUCGCAAGAAGUAUGAAUUUUUGCAGUUCUUGAAAAUGCCAACACAACACGUAUAGUAAUCAAACAAGAGUGUACUGUUGUGGAAAUGUUUGUUUCAAUCCCACCAACUGUUUCAGCACAAGUGUAUGUCAUGGACGUUCAUGAAGUAAAGAUUUUUUUAUGAUAAAUUAAAUGUUUGUUGAUCACAUG